GUGUUGCUGUAGUGGAGACCGUCAACCGAAGGGACUGGAAUGCGGCGCCAGGACCCACACGGCAACCCCCCCGUUUCCCUGCGAGGCUGGAGCCCCUAAUAUCGUCUGGAAUAACAACUCGCCUGAUUCCAAACUGUCCUUAAAACUCAUGUUGCAGCUGUCAGAAGAUCAUCUUUAUUGUCCAGCUUCCAGGAGAGACAUCACCACGAGGACAACUGAAUGCGCUGGAUAUAUUGGCUGGGAUGACGUUUUAAACUCGCCAGUUGCUCCACCGUCGGUACUGGCCCCGUGACCGCAGAUUCUCCGCCCCUCCCGACUCCUCAUUCUAUUCUGGUCUUUAUUUUACUUUAUUGUAUUUUAUUGGCUUGAUUGAUUGUGAUUCUUGUUUGUAUUUGUAUACACUGGCGAUUGAUACUCUCUCCCCUCGAUAUGGCCAUCCGGCUGUCGCGACGCUGGAUUACGGCCCUCAUCCUGCUGUGCGGCUUCACCGUCACCACCACAUUCCUCCACUUGGGCCUCAGCGGCUCCUCCCUCCUCCCCUCCGAUCUCUACCACCAUGUCGCGCCCGGAAACGACGGCCCGCCACCUCCUGACUUUUGGGAAUGGGAGACCUUCACGCGGUUUGCGCCCGCGCCACGGACUCCCCCCGGCGCCGGCGCCAGCGACGAGAACCCAGAUGACCACCUCUGCGAUUCCUUCCCCACCGAAGUCCUCUCGCGCGUCCAGGUCGUCUUGAAGAUGGGCGCCUCCGAGCCCGCCGACCGCCUCAACCCGCAGAUCGAGACCGUCACCCGCUGCAUCAAGAACCUCCUGAUCGUCUCCGACCGCGAGGGCGAAUUGCGCGGCCACCGCGUGCACGACAUCCUCGCGACCCUACCUCCCUCCUUCCGCGUAAACACCACCGACUUCGACGCCUACGAGGCCGCCAAGCGCGGCGACCCGGCCUCCAUGGCCGAUACCCAGAAAGGGUGGAACCUGGACCGCUUCAAGUUCCUCCCCAUGGUCGAGCGCGCCUACGACGUCAACCCCACCGCGCAGUGGUUCAUCUUCCUCGAGUCCGACACCUACGUCGUCUGGGACAACCUCUUCCGCCUCCUGGAUCAAUUCAACCCGGAUCGGCCGCUUUACUUUGGAUCGCCAUCGCCCGGUCGCGUUACCGGCGACGGCGAGGUCACCUGGUUUGCGUAUGGCGGUGCGGGCAUCGUUCUGUCGGCGGGCGCCAUCGACAAGGCAGUGGAGCGAACUACGGGCGCGAUGGGGGACCUCAUCCAACCGUCGCUGAGUGUGCAGUUCGAGCAGAUCAUUAAGGAGGACUGUUGCGGCGACUCCGUGCUGGGCUGGGUGCUGUUCGAGAAGGGCGUGCGCUUGUCCGGGUUGUGGCCCAUGUUUCAGCCACACCCGCUUCAUGGUGUUCCUUUUGAUGGCGCGUAUUGGUGCCAGCCAGUCAUCACCAUGCACAAGACGCUGCCGGCUGACAUGUACGGGUUCAUGCAGUGGGAGAACAGUCGAGACCGAUCGGAACCCCUGCUCUACUCCGAUCUCUACGAAUACACCAAACUCGGCACAUUCGACCACCGCACCGACUGGGACAACGGCGACUUCGGCGGGUGGCAGGAACCUCCCGAGUCCCCCGGUCACACAUCCUUUGAGGCCUGCGGGACCGCCUGCCACGACCACCCCGACUGUAAAGGCUACACGUACGACUCAACCGGCCACUGCAUCUUCAUCCGGACGAUGCGGUUAGGCUCGUCCAAGAAGUUACUCGGAACGACAGCGCGUCUGUCGGCCGGAUGGGACGUGGGGAAGUUGAAGCAGUUACAAGAAGAACUGAACGCGGAUUGCAAACGACCGCGCUGGGUGAAGCCCAGUAUUACGAGGAUAUUCUAAUAUUUAUUUGAUUUAUGGUACGAUGUGGAUGGUAUGAAUGACUAUCUGUUUUCUUUUCCUUUUCCUUUUUCUUUUUCUUUUUCUUUUUCUUUUUAUUAUAAUGUUGGGGCGUUGGAUACAUACCCUGUAUUUACAUCACGAGUUGCACAUAUUCUUGCAUAUAUUGCCUUGAUU